AUGGAUUCGAUUCAGCAAGAGACUACCCAGUCGUCCGAGGACUGCAUAUCCGCCGACAAUGGCGACCGCGAGAGCCAUGAUUCGACCGCCAAUCAGAAGCUCAGCAUUGAAGCCGACGCGGCUCCGGAUGGUGGGUAUGGAUGGGUGAUUGUUGCGUGUGUAUUCUGGCUGCAAGUCCACACCUGGGGAAUCAACGGGAGCUAUGGCGUCUUUCUGUCCUACUACAUGGACAACAACCUAUACCCCGGCACCAGCUCGCUGGCGUACGCCUUCAUUGGCGGGCUCGCCAUCGGGUGCGCCUACCUCAUGGCCCCCGUCACCGUGUAUUUGAUCCGAACAUAUGGCACGCACGUCACCCUGAUCGGAGGCAUCUUCAUCCAGACCGCAGGUCUUAUCCUCGCCUCCUUCACGACCCACGUGUACCAGCUAUUCCUCACCGAGGGUGUCUGCUUCGGCGUCGGCAUGGGCAUCGUCUACAUGACCUACCUCGGUAUUCCCGCCCAAUGGUUCGACAAAAAGCGCAGCAUCGCCAACGCAAUCCCGGCCGCCGGUGCCGGAAUCGGUGGUGUUAUCUAUUCGCUUGCCAUCGAAGCAAUGAUCGAAAAUCUCGGUCUCCCCUGGACCUUCCGGACCCUGGCCCUGGUCUCUCUGGCAGCCAACCUCGUCAGCGCCGCCUUCCUCCGAGACCGCAACAAAGCCACCGCCAGCCGCCACAUGUCCUUCAACUUCCCUCUCCUGCGCAAAGUCGAAUUCCUGCUCCUCCUGGGCUGGGCCAUCUUCAGCACGUUCGGCUUCGUGACCAUCAACUUCAGUCUGCCCAACUUUGCCAUUUCGAUUGGCCUAACCGCCCACCAAAGCAGUGUAGUCGGCGCACUGCACAAUCUAGGCCAAGGAAUCGGACGACCACUAAUCGGACUGUUCAGCGACCGACUGGGUCGGUUGAACGUAGCGACAGUGUUGUCGCUGGUAUGUGCAGUAUUCUGUUUCGCGAUUUGGAUCCCCGCGCGGAACAUGGCGGUGGUGAGUGUGUUUGCGAUCAUGGGGGGCAUGGUGUCAGGCACGUUCUUUGCGACGGUGGCCCCUGUGUUUGUGGAGAUCAUCGGGCUGCAGGAUCUGCCCGGGGCGCUGAGCAUCCUCUGGCUGGUGCUGGUGGGGCCGGGAGCAGCCGGCGAGGCGGUUGCGCAGGCACUGCGACGUCCGUCACAGGGGGCAGAGGCCUAUCAGCAGGUGCAGAUCUUCUCGGGGAUGGUGUUUGUUGCGGCGGGAUUGUGUCUAUGGGUAGUGCGGGGGUGGAAGGUCCGGCAAAGUCGGGGGUGCGGGGAGGCGCAAGGGAUGUGUAAAGAGGGGGUGGACAUGGUGGUGAGGGAGAGAGAGGAGAAGUCGGUCUGGAAUCCGAUGGAGAUGGCACGAGAGAUGGUGCGGUGUUGUAAAGUAUGA